UGCUAUCAGUCCUCGAAUUAGCUUUUAUCAAGCCACAUCUCAGCCCUCAGCAGCAGCAGCAGCAUCCAAUUCUCGUCAAAAUGUUCAAGCUGUUCGUCCUCGCCGCCGUAGUUGCCGUGGCUGCCGCCCAGAACCCCCAGGAUGCGCAGGCCCAGGUCGUGGAGUACGAUUCCGUGAUCAACCCGGACGGUUCGUACAACCAUCGGUACCAGACGAGCAACGGUAUUCAGGCGCAGGAGAGCGGCAUCGGUGGCCAGUCGGCCCAGGGUAGCUACUCGUACACCGGUGACGAUGGUGCCCAGUACCAGGUGACGUACGUGGCCGAUGAGAACGGUUUCCAGCCACAGGGUGCCCACCUGCCCGUCGAUGGACCCGCUCCCGAGCACGUCCUCAAGACGCUGCAGCAGAUCCGCGCCAACCCGCCGCGUGAUGACCCGAACUUCAGCCUGGAUGCUCUCGAUGCUGCCAUCGCUCGGCUGAGCGGCUAAGCCAUCCCUACCCCCCACCCCUUGCCUACCACUAGUUACCUCCCUCGCCCCUGUCUACACCCAAAAAGUGUUCGCGCAUAUCGGAACACAAAUACCUGAAACAUACUCCUUUUGGUCCACAGGACCAAAUCACACUUACAUACUACACGUAACACACACACACAGAAGCACCUUCCCACUUUUUCCUCUUUUUCACUUCUCUGUUUCUUCUCGAAUGCUCUUAAAUUCCCUUUUACAACCCUUUUUCUAUUGUAUCCCCCUCGCCCCACCAAACGCCACAAAACAUACAGACACGAAACAACGUAUGUAAAUAGUCCGUUUCUAGUUUGUAAAUAAAACAACUGACAAAAAAUUAA